AUGGUGGUGGUAUUUUGCCAAAUGGUGAUAGAUAGUGGAUUAGAGGAAUUAGGUGGUGAUGCUAGGGUCAAUCUAGGAAUCCUAGAGUUUCAGGACACACCAGUGCCAGAUCCGCAAAUGGAAACGGUUGUGAUCCCUACUUAUCCACAUUUAGCAAUGGCUCAGGUUAACACCUGUGCUGUUGCUGAACAAAUUAAAGUUUCGGAUAUACCACGGAGAGUAACAUUCAAUGUUCCUAAAACAGGUAAUGGUUAUUUUGAUGUUGAUAGAAUUUUAAUUUAUAAGAUAACAAUUUCACAUGGUGUGCCGUUCACUGAGGUGGUGGUAUGGUGA